CAGCGAAAGCCGAGAAUUCCGACAUUCCAGGAGAUCGAAAAGUCCUGGAUCCCGAUCUCUUGAACGAACGAGAACCCCGAGGAGCCUCGAACGACAACUGAGUUUCGCAAUGGACGUAACAUACGUUACAGAGAAGAUAAUCGUGGUCACGUUCCCGGAGAGUGGGCUCGACACAACCUACAGGAGUAACCUGAAGGAAGUGACUCGCAUGCUACGCACUAAACAUGGGAGCAAGUACACGGUUUUCAACCUCUCUGAGAAACGACAUGACCUUGCCAAAUUGAACAACCAGAUCUUGGAGCUGGGCUGGCCAGCCCACCUGUCCCCUCCUCUCGAACGACUCUGCACCAUCUGCAAGAGUCUAGACGCGUGGUUCCACUCCGAUCCGCAAAAUGUGGCUGUCCUACACUCCAAGGGGGACAAAGGCCGCAUUGGAGUUGUGUUGGCGGCAUAUCUGCACUACAGCAGUAUCUGUGCCAGCGAUGACCAAGCUUUGGACCGGUUUACAAUGAAGAGGUUUUACGAAGACAAGCUUUACUCGCACAUGCAUCCUUCCCAGAGGAGGUAUGUGCACUACUUCACCGAGCUCUUGUCUGGCAACAUCCGAAUGAACAACAAUGCGCUGUACCUGAACCACCUGGUCCUUCACGGGAUUCCCAAUUUCGACAACAAAGGAGGAUGCAAACCUUUCUUCAAGAUCUACCAAGGAAUGCAACCGGUUUACACCUCAGGAGUUUACCUGGCGACGGACGGCUCGAGGCGCGUGGUGGUCUCGAUGGAGCCGGGCCAAGCCCUGAGGGGGGACAUCCUGAUCAAGUGCUACCACAAGAAGCAGCGUCCCGCCGGACGGUCGCCCAUCUUCAGGGUACAGUUCCACACCUGCACCCUCUCCGGAGAUCGCGUCCUCUUCACCAAGAGGGAGCUCGACGAUGCCGUGUCAGAUCCAAGGUUUCCUGAUGAAGGACAGGUGGAGUUGCAGUUCUCUCAGCGACCAAACGAUUUUAGAGGGAAUGGGGCCGUGAACGAAGUCGUCGUCCCCGUCGACCACACCAAGGACCCCCUGGUCAAGCAAGACUCGUACGAGAACUUCGAUCUUCUCCGAGAAGAUAGUCUGAGCGACUUGGAUGACCUCUUCGAGUCUAACAGCAUUGCUGUGUCCCACGCAGAGGGGCCCCUUGACGGAAACCUCUAUGCUAUGGUGUCCAAAGGCAAGCAGCGCCCCCCGGCGGACCCCCACCCCGGAGCCGGCCUGGCGCCACCCACGACCCAGGACGGCGCCGGCGGCGACGUCCUGGACGGGCCCCACACCGUGAGCAUGGACUCCGGCAUCUCGUCCUCGUCGGGACUGCACAACUACGGCAACCCCGGGGGGCCGGGCCACACGUCGGGCAACCCCGGGCACCACAGGGGCGUCGUGAACGGCGGCGGCGGCACCGUGGAGGUGGAGGUCCACCACACGACCGACUCAAACCCCCGCAAGUCGUCUCCGAGGGAUCCGCUGAAGUCGGAGCACGCCGAACUGGACAGCCUUUUGGAUGGCAUGCUUCGCGAGAUACGCUCCAUGCCAAACCACCCGGCAUCCACUUCUUCGUACCAGCCUGGCCUGAGGAACCAUCCGGCGUACCACACCCUCCCAACGCACACCACUGCCGGGUCGUCCUAUUCGAAUCCCGGCCACGGCACCAUCUACUACUCGUACACGUCUCGGACCGGCCCCGCGGACCAGCCCCAGCGAAACGGCGACCACGACGUGGUUUACCGGUGGCAAGAGCCGGUUUCGGAUGGUUUCGGACACUCCUUGGACCACGGCGGAGACGACCAGCCGUACCACACCCGACGGACCAGUUCCCCGUUCUCGUACGGGGUCAAUCCGUCGAGUCCAUCGAUGCAGCGACGGAGGGCGCAGUCGGAGUCCGGCCGGCACUCGGCCGAGGACCGGAACUAUGGGACGCUGCGCGACUCCUCCGUCAGUCCAGAGCCUGUGGGCAGUGGUUCGUGGCUGCAGAAGCAGCAGCAGAAGCUUCGUGCACGGCGCGAGAGUUCCUGGGACGACCGUCACCGCAAGGAGGCGCAGCUCAUGGCCGAGCUGCGUUCGACCACUGCCAUGCGCAGUCCCGAGCUUCAGAACGGAGGCGGCGAUUCGCCUUUGAACGGCGAAAGUCCCUCAUUCAAGGCCAGCAGCUAUUCGACGCCGUUGCACGUUCACACGGCUAGCAAGCCUCCGAUUCACCGUGGCCUGAGCGCUCCGACCUCACCUAUCAUACCGUCGAGGAGCAGCAGCAGGGAUGUCACUCUGCGCAGGUACCCCCAGUGGCAGCCACAGCCCCUGCCCGCACCCAGCCAGCCCAUCGUGCGCCAAAAGUCCGACACCUCGUUCGACCGGGAACGCCCGUUUGUGGCGGCACGCCGCUCCCACCAGCAAGCCCGAGACCAAGUCGCGGCGGGAGGUACGUCUCCGCACGACGUCAUUGCGUCGUCCGUCAUUUACGGCGACCCCAGCAACGCCAAGAGGCACACUCCCAGUAGUCCCGGCUCCGCUGGCGGUACGCCGGGCACCUACGGUACCCCCUAUACCUACGGUACCCCCGGUACACCGUACUCGCCCGGCGCCGUGCCCGGCGCUCCGACUACCCCAAGCAGAGACCACAUACUAACCCUGCUGAGCGAUCCGCCGUUUGCGGCGACGACGAGGCCAGGGCCGGCCAGAGAUUCAGGUCCGUACAAGUUUGAAGAGCCAGUGCAACUCAGGGAAAUGGUUCCAGUUGCUCAGUCAACUCCCAACAAGUACUUCCAAGACGACGGAUCGCUGGAAGGGUCCACUUCCUGGACUACGCGGGCAGCGGACGAAAGUCCGUCGGCUAGUCCGGCGAGUGGGGCGGACCGGCCGGCCACCCCCGCCUUCCCCGUGCCUCCUCGCACGCCUUACAUGAACCAAGACUCUUCAGGUGGACUGCCUCCAAAGAGCCCAACUCUUUCACGCCGGAGGGACCGAAGCCCAUCGCCAGCGACCUUGAACGCCCUCCAGCAGAGCCUCCCGCUCUCGUCGACGGUGCCCACGAGCCCCAACGGACAGAGCUCUCCGACCGUCUACUUUGGACAGUCUCGCCGGUCCAGCAUGCUCUCCCUCGCAGACUCCCCCGAAGUGAUUCACCACCAUCCCGUCUUUGUAAAGGACACCUCCAAAUAUUGGUACAAGCCCAACAUCAGCAGGGAAGAAGCGAUCAGCGUGCUGAAAAGCAAGCCACCGGGAACUUUCAUCGUGCGAGACAGCAACUCCUUCCCAGGUGCCUUUGGGCUUGCUCUCAAGGUGGCCAGCCCUCCACCUAACGUCCAGAACCGAACAGGCGACCUGUCGAACGAACUGGUACGGCAUUUCCUGAUCGAGCCGACCGCCAAGGGUGUUCGGCUCAAGGGUUGCGCCAACGAACCCGUCUUCGGGAGCCUGUCCGCUCUGGUGUACCAGCACUCCAUCACGCCUUUGGCUCUUCCUUGCCGAUUGCUGUUGCCGGAAUCUGAGAUCGGAGGGGAGCCCUUCUGGACGGGUGGCGACGUGGUGGACAGGAGCGUGGCACCUACCACGGCUACCACCGCCUCGAGCCUCAUGCAGCAGGGAGCGGCGUGCAACGUGCUCUACCUGUGCACCAUGGACAUGGAGUCCCUGACGGGACCCCAGGCGGUGCGGCGGGCCGUGGCCGAGCUCCUGGCCAUCUCGCCGCCCCCCGUGCCCACGGUGGUCCACUUCAAGGUCUCCUCCCUGGGCAUCACACUCACCGACAACAACCGAAAGCUGUUCUUCCGGAGGCACUAUGCGCUGAAUGCGAUCAGCUUCUGCGGGACGGACCCUGAGGAUCGCCGCUGGACGCAGAAGGACGAGGAUGCUGGGGUCACGGUCACCUCCAGGUGCUUCGGCUUUGUGGCCCGCAAGCCGGCUAGCAAGACGGACAACCAGUGCCACCUCUUUGCCGAACUGGAGCCGGAACAGCCGGCUUCAGCCAUCGUCAACUUCGUCGGCAAAGUGAUGGACUCCGCCGGCCUGACGGCCAACCGGGCCAACAUUAUCUAAGCGCUGCCGCGCCGACUUUUGCGCUGUAAAAAAAAUAUAUAACCUUGCCUUCGUCUCUAAGGUUAGUGAGGCUAAGUAGAGCUACUGCAUUACGUCAGCGUUGCGUCGGGCCGCGCCGCUCGCCCUGUAACAACGAGAACCGUUUUGGGCCCAGGAUUCUUUGAAACGAAUCGUUCUGAUCAAAAGGUGUCAGAAAAAGGGCGUGUCAAAAACACAACUGAUGUCGUGCACUUGAGUGUGCAAAAACACAAAAAGAAAAAAGAACUCAUCGGUGUGUUGACAGUUUAUUGCUGGUUUUGGGCUAUUAGUGCAAAUAAUACAGCUAAUACAUGUUAUUUGUUUAGGCCUUGGAACAAAGUGUCACGAACCUCGUUCCUGCACCGAGUACAAUAUCUUCCUAAAAACAAUAAUGAAAUGUAAAGAAAUCCGUUGUUUUUGGCGGGGGGAAAAGGCUAAUGCAUUGUUUUAGAGAAAGACGGUGCAGUUUGCAGCCGUGCUUUAGCGACGAGCCUUAAAACAUGGAAGUGUUGGAGGCAUGGCAAUCGAUGCACAGAUUUCUGUCGACAUGCAAUUUGUCCGAAAGUUCCUCGUUCUGAAAGAAAGACGGGAGAAAUGUGCAGUUUGUGUGUUUGUGAGAGCUUUUCGUGUCCCACGACGGCGUAGUUCGUAGUCUAUUUUUGCAGCAUGAUCACAAACUCUCGUCGUAGGUGCCUAUUGUCGUUGCACAUUGCUUUUUCUCGAAGCAAACGAAGCGUCUAUUGCUAAAUAAUGUAAAGCGCAGCUUCCAGAUGCCUUUUUGGAUGAUGAGUAAGAGAAGAGAAAACCCAAGUGCAUGUGCUUUUAAAGAGACCGUGUUUUUAUCGUGACUAGCUAGAUUUUAGCACUCUGCGUUUUCUGUGACGGGGCCCUUUACGAAGGAUAGGUUUAAUGUUGUUUUACGUGUUGUAGCGUUUGCGCGCAGACCUUUAAUGGCUUGUUAGGUUUUAGCCCGUCUGCUAAUUUUUCCUUUUGGUUUCUACACUCGCACAUCGCGACAACGGCACACCGAUACUGACUCGCGUUUCGUCUGUUCAGCUGUUUCGCGACUUGUAACGGUCUAAUGGUUUACUGUCGGUAAAAGAAGUGCACACCUCGAUCUAUCGAAGCCCGGUACUGUCGCUGCGCACAACAUGUGGUGUGUAAAUUUCGAGUUGCGGAACUUUUUUUUUUGUCGCUCUCUCGUUUCAGUUUCGCUAGGCGAAGCUGUCGCUUUUUUUAUUUCUUCCGAGCAGCGCAGGAAAAGUAUAGGUGUUAUCUGUACUGCAUCAAACCUGGCUGUCCACACUGCAUUAUUUCCCUUCGUAACAUAUAAAUAUAUAUAAAUAUAUAUAUAUAUUACAUGCUUAUAAGUCGGCCUGUGUUUUUUUCAUUUCUUUUUUGCGAGACGCCCUAGAAGUGCCAUGUUUUACCAUAGAUUUUGUUUCCUCCUCUAAUAAAGUGAAGUGGUUAAAA